UCGUUACACUUUCGAUUACUCGUUGUUCAACCGAUUCGUCUGGCCCAGGACGAUAGCGAUAGCAGUGGACGAGGAAGGAUGAGGCCGGAAGGUAAAGCCAUGGACUCCAUGUCAGAGGUGUCCGAGGGGACGACCGGGACCAGUGUCUCGGGAAGAGGGACAUGCUACAGCGAGGAACUCCAGGACUUCGCCCUCCAGCUGGGUAUGACCGGCGCCGACCAACUUUUCCAGGAAAGGUUUCGCGUGGACAGGCGUAAACUGGAAGUGAUGCUCAGAGUGGCAGAUGAACUGACGGAGCCAGCUGAUGAAUUUUUCCAAAGAGUCAUGCAUGAGACAUGCACACACAUUUCAUGGCCAUCUCGUCUCAAGAUUGGAGCCAAGUCUAAAAAAGAUCCACACAUUAGAAUAUCAGGAAGGGAAGAUGAUGUGUUGGCAGCAAAGUCAAAAGUUAUGGCAGUACUGGACACACGGCAAAGCAACAGAGUGACCAUGAAGCUGGAUGUGAGCUACACAGACCAUUCUCACAUUAUUGGUAGAGGAGGACUCAGCAUCAAGAGUGUGAUGCAAGACACAGGCUGUCACAUACACUUCCCAGACUCCAACCGCAACAACCCUCAUGAGAAGAGUAACCAGGUGUCCAUCGCAGGGGAGAUGGAAGGGGUGGAGAAGGCUCGGGCUAGAGUCAGGGAACUGACUCCGUUAAUCUUCAGUUUUGAGCUGCCGAUUCUCGGAACACUAAAUACUUUACCUGAUGCUUCUUCACCGUACAUUUCCUGCAUCCAGGAAAAGUACAACGUUCAGGUUCUGUUCCGCACCCGCCCAAAGCUUCACUCCACCCUGGUCUUAGUCAAGGGAUGUGAAUGGGAGUUGGCAAAGGUCAAGGAAGCCACUCAUCUACUGGUGAAACAUAUGUGUGACAACCUUGCGGGACAGGUAUCCAUCCUCAUGAUGAUGGAGAUUUCCCCACAACACCAUAGCAUUGUGGUGGGUAAAAACCACGAGAAUCUGAAGCAGAUUAUCCGCAGAACCGGAGUAAACAUCGUCUUUCCUGAUGCGACAGACCCGAACAUCCCUCCGCUGAAGCGAAGCAGUGUUACGAUCUCAGGAAACAUUCACAGCGUGUAUCUGGCCAGGCAACAGCUUAUUGGAAUGUUACCUCUUCUUUUGAUCUUUGAUGUGCCUGAGAACUAUUUGACUACCAACAUGAAUGAUAUUAAUGAAAUCAUGCAUAGUCAUGAAGUUAUCAUACAAAUAAGGAACAAACCUAAACAAAAUGUGGUUUCAGUUACAAUCAAGGGUUUAGAAAAAAACGCAAAUAAUAUUUACGAAGCUCGACGCCAACUCAUCGGUCUGAAGGAGCCAGCCGUUGUAGCCAACAUACCUUCCACUUAUGUUGGGGUCAAUCAAAUAGCAGUAAAUACGUGCAACAAUCACACAUGUAAUGUGGAGAUGCUGAGUCCCAACUGUCUGUCUGUGAACAACAUGUUUUUGUCUCCUCACAGCCAAUCACCUGUCCCGGAGCUCAGUGGAUGGAACCAGCUGACUGUACCAUACAAUCAGCUGGUCCCUCAGCAACAUUUGCUACUCCAACAUCUGUUACCACGUGGUCAACAGCAACACAACACUCUCGGACAUUCCCUGUCAAUGCCUGAUAUUGCUGGAGGAUAUUCAUCUCUGAGUAGCAACACCAGUCCACUAUCUAGUCCAUGUGCUAGUCCACGCAACGCUUCACCUGUGCAGAACAUGUCAGCUGACCAAAGAUCAGACAAUAACAACGUUUUCACAACUGACCUCAACGAACUGAAAGCUCCAGGAUUUGAACGUCACAAGAAGUUUUUUGACUACCACAACCUAAAAAUGCAAGCAAAUCAAGCCACGCAAGCCCAGCCCAAGUCUACAGACUUGCGAGUACCUAACUCUACCUGGUCAGGCCUUGGUUUAAGUCAGUCGAGUCCAAGCGCAGUGCUGAAGGAGCAGAAACAACGUGAAGCAUUGGCUCUGAAGGGAGGUGAUAUUUGGGCCUCUGACCACAACCCCGGAAGUUCUCCAGAUCUGACUGGACUCUCUGCCUCCAACUACCUUGAGACUCUCCCCUCGGGUCUGCUGGAGUCCAUCUCCACCACCUCUCAGCAGUCAGACUUGUACAGCAUGCUGGCCUCCAUGGGUCUAGAUAAGUACACUCAACUGUUCAAGUCCCACGAGGUGGAUCUUGCAACAUUCCAAACCCUCAGCGAGGUUGACCUGAAGGAGAUUGGGGUGUCUGCAUUUGGGGCUCGUCGCAAAAUGCUUUUGUGCAUUUCAGAGCUCAACAAACGCCCGUUCCGCUGCAGCGCUGCUGUUGGAGCCGAGCGCAAGAGUUCCUCCUCGUCUAACAGCCUGAAUGACAACUGGUAGUUUGUUUGCAGCUUUUUGUUGUUUGUUGGCCUUGAGUUUAGUUGUAGACUAUUAUUAUAGAACUGUGAAGGCAUUGUAUUUAAUGCUAAAACUAUAUGUUUCUUAGUGGUGCUUUACUACUGUUGCUAAAACCAACUGUGUGAGUGUAAGUCUUUAGCUUACUGUUAAACCUCACUAAAAAUUUAAUGUAAACUAAAAGUUUACAGUAAAGUUUUGAUGUAGAACAUUUUCUAUUUUGACGGGAAGUACAAAGACAGCCUAACAACUAGACAGCAUAACAGACUAAAACGGUUUGUAAAACACCACGAUGGAAGCAUCAGAUGAUUUCAGGUGCAGGAAUAAAUAAUUUUUAAUCAACUUCAAUUUUAAUAAGUAAUUUGUUUAAUAUAUAUCAACUAAUUUUAUUAAAUAAUACUUUAAACUAAUUUUAUUUCUAAUUUAAUAUAACUGAAGAUUACAUUGGUAAAUGUGAUCGUGAAACUUAUAAUUGUCCUAUAUUAGGUACAUUAUUUGUGAUACUUUGAUGACAAGUUUACGAUAAAAUAUUGUUUUAAACUGAAUGAUGAUUAAUUAUAGUAGGAUAGUAAAAGUAAUUAUAGUUUUAAAGUAGUUUUACCGAAACUGUUACAAAUUAAAGUGUUGAGUUGUUGAAUAUGUAAAACAAUUAUUCAUUUUUAUUUGUGUUAGGGCUAAAUUUUAUCUAAAACUCAUAAUCAAGUGUGACUUACUAUCUUAACAAACUAGUUAUGGUAUCUGUUUGUAAGUUGGAAUUGUAAAUGUGAAAUUCCUGGCACCUAGGUUGUAAUUGGAUUUGUUUGCAUGAUAUAGAAUGUUGAUAUUUUUUUAAAGAUGAAAAUUAUUAUAUUACAAUUGUUAAAAAGGAUUAUGAAGGUAAGUAUUAUACAUAUCAGUUAUUUUGUUAUAUUAAUACUUAUUUGAAAUGAAGGAUGUUUAUUAAACUACUACCCUUAUAAAGGAUUAUUGUAAGAGCACCUAUCUAUUGAUUUGUUAAUAAAGUUGAUGUUCCACAAGA